GGCGUACGGCAACAUAUAUUACAACACAAGCAAAGGACCAAAGCUAGAGAUCCAUCAACGACAAAUCUAUGAUUCUCUAAACAAACAAAGCAACACACCCAAUCCAACGAUGAGACAGACGAUCUCAUUACAAUUAAUUAACCCAUUUCUUAUUUGUCGCCACCAAUUUCAUUUUAUCGCCACCCCCCCUUGAAUGAAAUUACGACUUUACCCCUGAAAUUUAAAAAAUUACGAAAAUGCCACUAAGCUUAUAACUUAUAUAAAAACACUUCAAAUCCACUCAAUAACACUUUCAUCACUUCCAUAAAAUCAAAUUCUUCACAUAAAAUUAAGCGGAGCUAAAACUUUGGAAUCGAAAUCGUCAACAAAAAUUCGAGUAAAUGGCUGGAAAUCAAGGUAAAGGAAAAGGGUUUUUUAGAGGUUUAUUAAGCGGCAAUAGAUCUAGGCCUACUUUACUGAGAGGUGAUCCCCAUGAGAGGGGGGUUACGGGAUCUGCAAGGCGAGCAAGGCAAGAACAAGCGGCCAUACAUAGUCAGGCCCAACGUUCAAGUACCCUAGAGCAAGUGCGUAGUCGCUUUGAGCGCCAAAGUAGCCUACAUAGUCAUACGGUCGGCUCAGGUGACGAUGAUACUGAUUACGACGAGUCUCUUAGUCGGGAAGAGUCUCUUGGUCAGGAUGAGUCUGCAUGUCAUCCUGUUGAUUGGACGAUCGUAAGAGGCCAUGCUGUUAAGUUCAAGAGUAGAGGGCAGGGCUCGAGUGGCACUUCUGAUCAGGCAGGAGUAAGCCAGGCUGAGGAUGCGGCUCCACGGGGGAGGAGGCGAUCGCAGUCCGCGGACACGGACUGGUUAAUCACAUCAGCCCAGCCCGGGGGCCCUGUUGAUACUACUUUAAUACCCAGCUACGGUGGGCACGUAGCAAAGGCUAUAUUUGAGGGAUCGGAGCGCACCCCUCCGAUUUUGGAAUGUCGUGCUCGGAAGAAAACGUUGGAUUCAAUCAUUAGACUUCAGGACAUGUCUGAUGAAUUGUACAGAGUGUUACCUGGUACUCCCCUUGGUCGGCUGCCGUAUAUAAUGCACCAGCACAUCGACAGUGCUCUCAUUACGGCAUUUGUGGAAAGGUGGCAGCCUGACACCAACACCUUCCACAUGCCGUGGGGGGAGAUGACCAUAAUGUUGCACGACGUGCAACGCAUCUUGGGAAUUGGCAUUGACGGUUCACUUCCCGUGCAACCGUCUGAUAAUGAAUGGCAGCUUGGCCUGGCCGGCCUUUUUGGUAUGCCAUUGUCGGAGCUGCGUGCGAAGGGGCACUUCACAAGCGGCAGCAUUAAUGUUGGUGCACUGUUGCAGCUAUGCCACCGUUCUCAGUCUAUGGAUACUCAACGUACCGCCUACUACAUGGCUAUAGUAGGUUCCACGUUGCUCGUGGAUAAGACUAGAGUCGGGAUGCGUCCUCACCCUGUUGUUACUAUUACCGCUGAUGAGGUUGAUAUUGCUUGGGGUGCAGUGACGCUUGCUCACAUGUAUCGCCAACUGGGUAUGGCGACAAGGACUGGGUGCAAGACUAUUGCUGGUUGCCUGACACUGUUGCAGACAUGGAUUUACGAGUACUUCCCAGCCUUCCGCCCCCAUCUGCGUCAAGCUGACAUGCCGAACAAGACAAGGGCAGAGAUGUGGUCCCCGCCGAAGCCAAUCCGCGAGCUGAGCAGACUGAUAGACUGUAGGAGCAUACUGGAUGCCAUGACAGAGGCACAGGUGGAGUGGACUCCGUACUUGACUUAUGAUAGGUCUUUAUUGAACGAGCACCCACGUACCUCGUAUAUCGGUGGUAUCACCUGUUUCGAUAUCGUGGAGGUCUAUUUGCCUGAGAGGACAGUGAGGCAGCUCGGUUUUGCACAGGAGAUUCCCCCGGCUCCGCUGAGACCUACCCAAGCUCUGCAACCAGCACAGGGCUCCUACUCAGUUACAUUCGCUUCUUCCUGUAUGUUUACGGAGAUGUGGAGUAGGUUCCCUUACUGUGCCCGUGUAGUGGAGCAGGCACAGCGUCGCGCAUCGGUUCCAUCAGAGGCUGCCCCGGAUUACGUGGACUGGUUUAGAGUGUCUUCCCACUGUUUUCUCAUCCCAGGUGAAGGACCUGCUGCUGCGUUUGGUGCUGCUGAUAACAGAGUCGAAUAUUUUGCUGCUGAAUUUCCAACUCGACUUGCACCAUUGCUCAGGAUGCCAGCUAUUGCUCAAAUGACGCCUCGGGAAAGAGAUGCUGCUGAUAUGUAUUUAGAGGAUCUUAGAGAGUUGUUUUCCGAAUGGCAAGAGUGUAGAGGGCGCAGCCCCUUAGAGACUUGCACCAACCGCAUUUUUCUAAAAGACAACUGCCCAGGUCUGCGCCGCAUUCAGCCCCACAUCCUUGAUCUGGUCCUUGUGCUCAAUUUUAUUGAAGGUUUCUGUACUCUUCUCAAACAUUGUACCAAUAAAACCUUCAACAUCCGGCAAGGCUUCGGUACUUAUAGUAAAAAAAUGAAUGGUGGCAGCAGCAAUAAAAAGCCAUAG